AUGGCAUUCAACGGUCCUAUCAAUGAGACAUACCCAACGCCCAGUGCGGUAGAGAUGGCUACUGUAUCGCAUACUCAGAAAGGCUUUAAGAUCAGUGCACGUAAACUUCCAAUCUCGAAAUCGGGCCCAAUAGAUGAGAUGUCGGAGAAGCUUGGCAUACCGGUUCCAGAGAUGAUCUUUGGUGAUAAUAUGGUUGCAAUCGAGCACCUAGAGAGUGGAUGGCGCAUGGAAUUCAAUGCAUACGAUGCCCUGGAUCGAGUGGACAAGACGGACAAGAAUAUGUUGAAAGUAGCUUAUUCAAAAGAGUGGUCAAGCAGCAGAGAGAAAACCCACGAAGGCAUUAAAGAAGUUGUCAAACCGUUCGACUGGUCAUAUACGACAGAUUAUAAAGGCACUAUAGCUAAUGGGAAAUCGUUUGCGCUGGAUAACUCCGAUCCAAUACCUAUUGCUCUCCUCAAACGUCAAGAUCCGAUCCUAUUCUUCGAAGAAGUUGUCCUAUACGAGAGCGAGCUAGAUGACAACGGAAUAUCCAUGUUUUCUUGUAAAUUACGAGUCAUGCCUGAUCGAAUGCUUCUCUUAUGCAGGUUGUUCAUGAGACUCGAUAAUGUUCUCGUCAGGAUUAGAGAUACUAGAAUCUAUGUCGACUUUAAUACAAGUAAGGUAAUCCGGGACUAUACCGAGAAGGAGGAUGCAUUCGACACGGUCAAACAGAAUCUUCUAUAUUCUGGCAAACUCCCGGACGAUCUUACUAUAGCUAUGCGUGAUCCAAAUCAAAUUGCGCAUCUAAUACCUGAAGUUACUCACACGAUCGAAAAUCUAUCGCUUCCUUGA